GCUGCAUUGUGGGAAGCGGAAGCAAAGCGGGUGUGAGGCCUGCUCGGUGCCGAGAAGCCUGUGGCGUAGAAACAGCGGCGGUCGGGGCUGGCAGCUUCGGUAAAAGAUCAUGGAAUCUGGUAGUAUGGAAACAAUACCUACUAACCCUCCUGGAGGGUCAAAUGGCUUAGAAGAGCCGAAGAAGAUGACCAGGGAGGACUGGAGAAAGAAAAAGGAAUUGGAAGAACAGAGAAAACUGGGCAAUGCACCAGCGGAAGUAGAUGAAGAGGGAAAAGACAUCAACCCUCAUAUUCCUCAGUACAUUUCCUCAGUCCCAUGGUAUAUAGAUCCUUCAAAAAGGCCUACACUAAAGCAUCAGAGACCUCAGCCAGAAAAGCAACAAGAAUUUACAUUUCUAGGGGAAUGGUAUAAGCGAGGAGUCAAAGAGAAUUCUCAUGCAACCAAGUACCGCAAAGGAGCAUGUGAGAACUGUGGUGCCCUUACACACAAGAAGAAAGAUUGCUUAGAGAGACCUAGAAAGGUUGGAGCCAAAUUCACAGGAACCAACAUUGCACCGGAUGAGCACAUGCAACCACAGCUGAUGUUUGACUAUGAUGGAAAAAGAGACCGUUGGAAUGGCUAUAAUCCAGAGGAGCAUAUGAAGAUUGUAGAAGAAUACGCCAAGGUUGAUUUAGCUAAACGCUCACUGAAAGUGCAGAAGCUCCAGGAGGAGCUGGCUUCAGGAAAGCUGACAGAGCAAGUGAACUCGCCGCGACAUAGAUGGGGAGAAGAGGAACCAAAUUCACAAACGGAAAGAGAUCAUAACAGUGAAGAUGAAGAUGAAGACAAAUAUGCAGAUGACAUUGAUAUGCCUGGACAGAAUUUUGAUUCCAAAAGGCGUAUUACAGUCCGAAACCUGCGUAUUCGGGAGGAUAUCGCUAAAUACUUGCGGAAUCUUGAUCCCAAUUCUGCAUACUAUGAUCCUAAAACCAGAGCAAUGAGAGAGAAUCCAUAUGCCAAUGCCGGAAAGAAUCCAGAUGAGGUCAGUUAUGCAGGUGACAACUUCGUUCGUUACACAGGGGCUACCAUUUCUAUGGCACAAACUCAGCUGUUUGCCUGGGAAGCCUAUGAAAAAGGCUCUGAAGUUCAUCUUCAGGCAGAUCCUACAAAACUUGAACUCUUGUAUAAGUCCUUCAAAGUGAAAAAAGAAGACUUCAAGGAGCAGCAGAAAGAAAGCAUCCUGGAGAAGUAUGGAGGACAAGAACAUCUGGAUGCCCCACCGCCUGAGUUGUUGCUUGCUCAGACAGAAGAUUACGUGGAAUAUUCUAGACAUGGAACAGUUAUUAAAGGUCAAGAGAAGGCUGUUGCUCGUUCUAAAUAUGAGGAAGAUGUAACUAUCAACAAUCAUACAUGCAUUUGGGGUUCCUAUUGGAAAGAAGGCAAAUGGGGAUAUAAAUGCUGCUACUCAUUUGUAAAGUAUUCAUACUGCACAGGAGAAGCUGGAAGAGAAAUCGCAAACGCUGAUGAGGAAUUGCCCAUUGAAGUGCCUGAGGAAGAGUACAUGACCAAACAAAGAACUCUAGUGGAGAUGCAUCAGGAAAAACAAAAAGAGGAGAAGAAGAAAAAGAAGAAAAAGCACAAGAAGAGUACAGGUUCUGAUAGUGAAGAAGAUAGAAAGAAACAGGAAAAAUUAAAGAAGGCACUGAAUGCUGAAGAAGCCCGUCUCCUUCACGUGAAAGAAAUAAUGCAAUUAGAUGAGAGAAAGAGGCCAUAUAACAGCAUGUAUGAAAGCCGAGAACCAACAGAGGAGGAAAUGGAAGCUUAUCGAAUGAAGCGCCAGCGGCCAGAUGAUCCUAUGGCCUCGUUUCUGGGGCAGUAACUUUUAUGAAAGAACUUGCAAGCCCACAGGACUUGGGUGCUGUUUUUAUAUUUGAUCACCAAGUGGAACACCUGCCACUUUUCUGUAUUGUAUUGUAUUGUGUAUGUGUAUAUAAAUAUGGCAAUGUUUCAACUGAAAAAAGAGUGUACAGUUUACAUCUUGUGUUUCAUUUGUUUUGUCAGCCAUAACCUGCUGAUUGCAGUUAUGGUGCCUAAUAGGUUUAUUAAUUCAAAAAGGCAACAUUCUUCUCACUCAGAAAGUGUCUCAUGCCCAAACAAAAAAUAGCAGGAGUCACUAUCUAGAGUUUUUUUGUAUCCCAAAAUGACAGCUGUUCACAAUGAAAAGCAAGCUGGCCUUAAUAAUACUUGCUUGGUUUGUGCAUUUCUGUGUCCAGUAGAAUUUGCGUUUUGAUGCAGUUAAUGUGCAGUGCUGUUACUGCCUUCAUACUGCCAGUCUGCUCACUGGAGAGCCAGUCCCCCAACCACCAAAACCCCAUCUCCAGUUCCUCCCGAUACUUCUGCCUUUCCCUUGCAGCUCAAGCAGCAGCCCUUUUCCAUCUUUUCUGUGCUCAUACCCCCAAACUUGGGCAAUCAUUCCUCACGGUUUGCCAUGCUAUUGAAGUCUGCUGUCACUUCCACUGCCGCUGCCAAAACAUGGACUCGCAUAGUAUUAUUUCAUCUUCUGUUGCCCUUAUUACUGUAAGCCCUCUUUAGUGUCCCUGUCCAAUAGGAGAAUUAAUUUAAGGUUCAGCUGCUUUGUGCAACCUUAAAACCCCACACGCAGUAGCCGCAGGGCCAGAACCAGUGUUCUCUUGUGGGAAAACCCUCUCCCUCCCUUAGGCACAAUUCUGCCUCUUGCAGUUCUGUUCCUUUUAUUAAAAUGCGAAUUUAUUUAGUUUAAAUUGCCUUGCCCGUUGUGCUCCAGUGAAGCUUGCUAAAAUUUUGCAAUGUCAAAAUUGAGACUGCAAGCUUUAAAAAGCAGUUCCUGUCUACUUUUCUGUCUAUGAAACAAGUGCCAGUGGAAGGCUCACAUUGCCUGAAGUGUCAUUUUAAUACAUACUAAAUAGGUCACAAUAUAGUUUGCCUUCUCUCGUGA